AUGUCGACCGCUAAAAAGAGCCCUAUCACCUGCCACGUCCUUGUCGCUUCAGUUGGCAAGCCUGGUCAGCAUGUUGACGUAAAGAUCGAAAAGGUCAAUGAAGCUGGUGUCUUCACUACCUUGUCUACAGCUCAAACCAACGACGAUGGUCGCUGCCCUGACCUCUUGCCUGGUGAUUACAAGGCUGAGAAGGGCAUCUACCGUGUCACUUUUGAGACCAAGGCUUUCUUUGAGCGCUUGGGCGAAAAGUGCUUCUAUCCUUACGUUCAGAUUGUCUUUGAGCUCGAAAAUCCUGAGCAGCACUACCACAUUCCCUUGUUGAUCAGCCCUUACUCUUACACCACCUACCGAGGCAGCUAA